AUGGAGGAGGUCUCCAGACCCCGCCCCCUCUCGUCGCUUUUCUGCGCCGCUCGGAACAAGGGAGCGGAGCCGGCGACGGGAGCGCGCGCGCCAGGGGCGGGGCGAGGCUGCGGGGCCACGCCCCCCAGAGGCUUGAGGGAGCCGCCCAUCGCGCCUCCACGUGCGUGGGAUGCCGUGGAGACCCUGGGAGACCAUUAUAAAAAUGCUGAGAUUAACAUCCUUGCUCAUAUGUCUUUGUGCACAUGGGUUAGUACUUCUGUGGGAAAAUAUCUUGGACAUUUGAUUGCUGAAUCAAAGGAGAAUAAAAGAUCAUGCCUUCAAUUCUCUCAUCUGGGUAUAAAGGAUUCCCUCAAAGAUUUGUUUUCUCCCCAAAUGGAGAUUUCCUUAAUGAUGUAUACAAGGAACAACUUCAACUGUGCUGAGCCACUCUUUGAGCAGAGUAACUCACUUAACAUUAAUUUCAACGUCAGCAAGAAAACAGUCUGGCUUAUUCAUGGGUACAGACCAAUGGGCUCUGCUCCUACAUGGCUUCAGAACUUCCUAAGGGUUUUGUUGAAUCAAGAUGAUAUAAAUGUAAUUGUAGUAGACUGGAACCGGGGUGCUACAACUCUCCUUUACAACAGAGCAGUUAGAAACACCAGAAAAGUUGCUGUGAGUUUGAGUAGCUACAUUCGGAAUCUUUUGGAUCAUGGGGCAUCUCUUCAUAAUUUUCAUUUCAUAGGUAUGAGCUUAGGGGCUCAUAUUAGUGGAUUUGUUGGAAAGAUAUUUCAAGGUCAACUUGGAAGAAUAACAGGUCUUGACCCUGCUGGGCCAAAAUUCUCUGGAAAAUCACCUAAUGACAGAUUAGCUUACACCGAUGCGAAGUUUGUGGAUGUUAUCCAUUCUGAUGCCAAUGGUUUAGGCAUUAAAGAGCCCGUGGGACAUAUAGAUUUUUAUCCAAAUGGAGGAAAAACACAACCUGGCUGUCCUAAGUCCAUUUUAUCAGAUUUCAAAGCUGGUUCAUGUGUAGACUGUGACUACAACAAGGGCAAAUCAUGUCCUAGGCUAGGUUAUCAAGCUGAGCUAUGGAAAGAUGUUUUAAAUGCAAGAAAAGAGACCACUGUGUUUUUGGAUACUACUGGCAGGAGUCCAUUCUGUACCUAUUAUUUUGUUCUCACUAUGACUCUUCUGGAUGAAACUAUGGAGGAUGGCUAUAUUAGAUUUAAAUUAUUAAACCACCUUGGAAAGGUUAAAGAGCCAGAGCUCUAUGAGGAGAGCACAUCGUUUAAUGAUCUCCAAGAAGUCAAGAUUCUUGCUCGAUUUUUAAAUGAUGUUGUAAAUAUUUCAAGCAUGAGUUUGACAUAUUUUCAGAACACAAAUUUGCAAUGUCUCCCAGGUGGUUACAACAUCCAGCGUAUCAUGUUACAAUCACUUACGCAUCCAGAAAGACCACCACUUUGCAAAUACAAUUUUGUACUUGAUGAAAAUGUGGAAGUAUUUCUCAAUCUACGCACAUGCUCAUCAAAGGAAAUAUAA